AUGAAGUACCAAGCUCCCGGUUUACUCGCUUUCGGGUUCUUACAAAAGAUUCUAAGCUUUUGCCAAACACAGUCCAUCAUUACUCCGCUAGUCAUCUUCUCGUUCGUUCCCUUGGUGAUUAAUAUCGGUCUCGCAUAUGUUCUGGUUUACGUCGCUGGUCUUGGAUUCAUUGGUGCUCCAAUAGCUACAUCUAUUUCAAUGUGGAUAGCUUGCGUCAACACGGAAACGAUUAGCUACAUGUUAACAUACGGCCUUAGCGCAGUUGCAAGUACGCGUGUGUCCAAUGAACUCGGAGCAGGAAAUGUAAAGGGUGCAAAGAAGGCGACUUCUGUAACGGUUAAGUUGUCUUUAGUUCUUGCUCUCGUCGUAGUACUUGCUUUACUUGUAGGUCAUGAUGGGUGGGUUGGGUUAUUCAGCAAUAGCCUUGUGAUCAAAGAAGAGUUUGCAUCCUUGAGGUUUCUUCUUGCGGCCUCUAUAACUCUUGAUUCGAUCCAAGGCGUUUUUUCAGGAGUUGCAAGAGGAUGCGGAUGGCAGCUCUUAGUCACGGCUAUAAAUUUGGGAACAUUUUACUUUAUUGGAAUGCCAAUUGCAGCUAUUUUUGGUUUCAAAUUGAAGUUUUGUGCCAAGGGCUUGUGGAUUGGUUUGAUAUGUGGGCUAUUUUGUCAAAUCCUCAUCUCUCUUGCUUAUGACAAUUUUCCGGAAGUGGACAAAGCUGAAUGUUUCAGUUUGAAACUAGUUUCAGUUGGAACUUAG